ACAACUUUUGUUAUAUAGACCCUCAAAACUCUAGCUCCAUUGGUAAAAAAUUUGAAUGUGGUUUGUUGGAUACAUUAUACAAGUUGGAAUUGAUAGGAAAGCCUACCAACGCUGUAAAAAUAUCUGAUAGUUUGAAAUAUGAAAGUGAAGUAAUAUUUGUUUCUGCAACUUCCGAUGAUCAUUUCAACUAUAGUUUGAAGUCGUUGGAAUCCAUACGAAAAUUUUAUCCAUAUCAGAAAUACAUCCUUUAUGGUCUAAAUCUGAGCACAAGUUAUGUUAAUUCGUUGCCCAAAGAUGAAAAAUUAGAAUUCCGACAGUUCAAUUCUUCGUGUUAUCCUAACUUCGUGAACAAUUGGAAGUAUCACUUCAAAGGAUUAAUAUUAGCUGAGGUACUCAGAGAAUUUCCAAUUAUUUGGUGGAUUGAUGCCAAUAUGAAAAUGAUAAAACCUGAUGUCAUCAGCAAAUUAUUCAAAGAAAUCGCUUCAAAGCGAAUAAGUGAUUAUUACUCGUCGUUGAUUUCUUUCCGAGAAACUGAUCACAGUAACUUCGAUGUUUUACAUCCAGACCUACUAUCCUAUUUUCCAUCCGACUCCAUUCAACUUCUACAACAAGAACGUCAAAUUGGACCGGGAAAUAUGUUUGUUGUUCGAACAAAAUAUACACUGAAAAUUGUAAAAUGGUGGGUCCUCUGUUCACUUACAGAGAAUUGUAUGAACCCUCCUGGAUCUCAACUGAAAUGUCAUUUUGAUAAAAGCCGAGAGCGUCUACAUGCAAAUUGCUACAGAUAUGAUCAAUCGGUAGUUAACUUGUUGUUACUUAAUGAUUUCAAGAAAAUCGAAAAAUACUUGAUGAGAAGUCUGAUAAAUUCUUUCGAAAGGAUACAUUGAAAUGCAUUUUUCAUUAAAUUCAAUUUACGAAAACUCGUUCCAUCAUUUUUUUAAAUUAUACUUUUUAUUUGUUUAUUUUCCAUUAAUAAAGCCAAACAAAUUGAA